GGGGUCGGGUUUCUCCUGCAACAGACUUUAUUAACGUGGACUGCGUCGCCAGCGGAAGAAGUUUACAAUGCGCAUCGGAGUUUUAAUCGUUGUUGUCUGCCUGCAGGUGUACAGUGCUUUGGUCAUAUUGCCCCUUCUAACGGAAGUCAAAGGCAAACUUCUGAAUGCUACUGCAAACAAAAUCAAGAAGGGCAUUUCUAUGAAAUUUAACCUGGGAUCACUAAUGGAGAUUUUCGGGGAGAGUCAACAGAGAAAUGCGUCCUCGGACAAUAUAAGUGACCUAUUCAAUGCUGGCUUAGCUCUCAUGCCAAAAUAAUCAAAUGAAAGCUUUAAAAGCCAGCUUUGCAAGCGGAACCGCUCUUCGAUCUAUAAAAACACUUUGCAAUAAAUUUUCAUUUCAUCGCA